UGCGGCCUUUCCAACCCCGGGCAACCGAGACUGCGGACUCCCGCCGAACACACAGAGGCACAGAGGGCUUGACAGGAACGAGAAGCAAGGGGCUGACCCUGCCCGAGAUGUUCCGGAGCCUGGCUGGGAGUAACCUUGUCACUCUUCGCACGGGCUCCGUAGCCGCACGGUCAAUGGAUGGGAGUGAUAGAUACCCGCCCACAAUAAUCCGUCGAUCGUCGAUGAGCCUCUCUGAAGUGUAGUCGUCGGUUUAAACUUUGAGCAACAUGAGGCGAAAGCAAGGAGGUUCAGGGCGAACAGCCACUCGUCUUGCCUCGUGGGUUGUGUCACGGACAUCCAAAGCCAGAGUGAGAAGCACAGAGCAACAACGAAAACGAUCUCCGUUCGUCAUCAUGUCAGGUCCCCAGGGAAGAUUGAAAUCCAAAAGGGAAAUCACGUUGGAUAAGACGCUCGCUCUGAUUGGAUGGGUGUUCAAAGACAGGGCGAUAGCCUAUCGGGUGAGCACAACCGAAGCACACCUCUUCUGCCAAUUCCAUACCUCUUGUCUGGGGGCAGAUAUCCGGAAGAAUUGGCGAACACGAACGUUCCCUUUCGGUAUUGAUAGUUUAAAGUUAUUUCCCGUCACCUACUAGUGACCAGCCCCCUCAGCAAGAGAGGGGAAGACGGUCUCAGUUAGAAAGUCACAAGG